AUUUAAUUGGUGUAGUUUAGUAGCAUUUAAUAUUCUUUUAGAGCAGUGUCCCAACCGUGUCUUACUAAUUAGUAUGAUAUGUAUAGAGAAUAAGUAAUUGCAUGUUUUCUUUUGUGCAUCUUCAGGAUAAGUACCUACACACCAACUGUCUGGCUGCACUUGCCAACAUGUCAGCCCAGUUUCGAUGUCUGCAUCAGUAUGCUGCCCAGCGCAUCAUCAGUUUAUUUGCUUUGCUUUCCAAAAAGCACAACAAGGUCCUGGAGCAGGCAACACAGUCUCUGAGGGGCAGACAGGGGGACGACGCAGCCCUGCCAGACUAUGCCCAGGACCUGAACGUGAUCGAGGAGGUGAUCCGUAUGAUGCUAGAAAUCAUCAACUCAUGCCUGUGCAACUCCCUGCACCACAACCCCAACCUGGUGUACGCGCUGCUCUACAAGAGGGAGCUCUUCGAGCAGUUCAGGACGCAUCCGUCCUUCCAGGACAUCAUGCAGAAUCUGGACACGGUGAUUGGGUUCUUCAGUCAGCGUCUGGAGCAGGCUGGAAGUGACCUGUCAGUGGAGAGGGUGCAGGAGGUCAUCAUGAAAGGGGCCCAGGCUCUGCCAAACGACCGACUGAAGAAAUUUCCAGAGCUGAAGUUUAAGUAUGUGGAGGAAGACCAGCCAGAGGACUUCUUCGUCCCGUACGUCUGGUCCUUGGUCUUCAACUCUGGCGUCGGCCUCUACUGGAGUCCUCACGGCAUCGAGCUGUUCAGCAUGGACUCUGGCUGAAAGACCGGCAUAUUCUUCCCCCGUUCAGUAUAGAAGAAAAAGACUGAUGGCACGUGUGUGUGUGUGUGUGUGUGUGUGUGUGGGUGGGUGGGUGGGUGUGUUUUGGGUGUGUAUGUCUGUGUGUGCAUUAACCUUUGUUAGUCUGUGCACGCUGCUUUGAAAGUGCCUCGACCUUGUACAGGAUGAUGUUCCUUUUUUAUGCAGCACAUCCUCUGUCCUCCUCAUUAUAACAAUCCCCGUGCUUCUACACUGUGAAGCUUUAUUCGUGCUGGUUACCAGUGCACACAGGUACUCCGAGUCAUAUACGCCCAGUCCUGCAGUGAAUCCCUGUUUUAACGGCACACACACCGACCGACGCUGCAGCGUGGCUCUGAAGUCUGACUUUGGCUAAAUCUCCACAUUGUUGUCAUGCUUACAAAUAAAAGGUCACGUAAAACAUGCAGCCAAAGUGUGGUUAACACCCAUCUAGGGCUGCUCACAUCCUCAAAGACACAACUUAUAUUUGUCUUAUAUUAUACUUUAGUUGUUUAAGCACAGUCUUCUGGGUGCAGCAGGUUUUAAAGAAAGGGAUCGCGGUUUUGAAGUUAAGUAAUAAGUCCUUUGUUCUGUUGAGCUGAAAUAUGCAGGAGUUAGUGUUGCUGAAUGUUCAAUGCCCCUCUUCCAAGAACGGUUUAAUCAAAGCGUGAUUUCACUCCCUGGAUGACAUUGGCAGUCUGUAUCACUCUGAUUCAGGUGAUUUUAUCGUUGCUUCCAGUUCCUUUACUUCACUCUAUCACAUCUUCCUUUGCAUCUUCCUCGAUGGUAAAUCAAGGCAAAUAAGUAAACUAGGACACACAGUAAAUCUCCUGCCUUGCCAUGUACAAUUGCAACGAUCUCUUGAUUUUGUUACUUCCUUCGCAUGUUUAACUAGAAACUUAAGUUAUUUAUUUUCAUGUAUAUUGUUUUUUUUAUAUAUAUAUUCAAUACAGUUAAAUGCAAAUGGUGGUAGAACCAAGACAACUAUUGCUGAGAAAAGGAAAAACAAUAGAAGUACAAUUAUUUCAAGCUGGGAAAGUGGCUCUUUAUUAUUGCAUAUGACAUGACAACACCGGUCAUUUUGUGGGAAAGUUUACUUUGAAAACAGGACUUUAAAUAAAAAUUUGAAAUCCACCUCAGUGUUGUG